UUGCAUUUUGACGGAAAGUAGCUAGCAGUACCGCCUCGAUCAUUGAUCAUCGUUAGUUAGUGUCCCGUUGUUUUUUCGUCGGGAGUCCAGAAUUCCCGGAAACGGUGAAAAAUGGGAAAAGAUGAUGCCGAAACAACGCAGUUAAAGCAAGAACUUGAGGAUCUAAUAAAAAAAUGCAAGGACGACCAGAAGAAACAACAGGAUACAACUCUAGAAGAAGCUUGUAGCAGUGUGGCGGAUGCGCCUAAAGUUAAAUUGGUAACCAAGAAGUUACUCAAAGGCCACAUCAAUAAGGUGAAUUCGGUACACUUCAGUGGUGAUAACAGACACUGCGUCACGGGAUCGUUGGAUGGCAAACUAAUUAUCUGGGAUUCCUGGACUGGCAACAAGGUUCAAGUUAUCCCAUUAAGAUCCGCAUGGGUGAUGUCCGUUGCAUUCGCACCUUCUGGCAAUUUUGUCGCCUGCGGUGGAAUGGACAAUAUGUGCACUGUUUAUGAUGUGAAUAAUCGGGAUUCCACUGGUUCUGCAAAGAUCACCAGAGAAUUAUUGGGAUACGAAGGAUUCCUCUCAUCCUGUAGAUUCCUUGAUGAUAAAAAAAUCAUCACUGGAUCGGGCGACAUGAAAAUAUGCAUGUGGGAUUUGGAAGCUGGAAAAAAAACAACAGAUUUCUGCGCCCAUGCUGGUGACGUUGUUAGUAUUAGCUUGUCACCUGAUGGUAAUACCUACGUAACUGGUUCGGUAGACAAGACAUGCAAGCUUUGGGAUUUACGAGAAGAAAAGGCAAAACAAACUUUCUUCGGUCAUGAAGCAGACGUUAACUCGGUUUGCUACCAUCCAUCCGGACAAGGGUUCGCAACAGCAUCAGAAGAUAAGACAGCUCGACUUUGGGAUUUUAGAUCUGACCAGCAAUUGGCCACUUUCAAGCCCCCAAAUUCAAAUCCUGGAUUCACAUCUUGCGGUCUCUCAUUGAGUGGCAGAUUCAUAUUUUGCGGUAGCGACGAUAAUUCUAUUCAUAUAUGGGACACGCUGAAAGUUCAACAUAAUGGUACUAUGACCGGACAUGAAAAUAGAGUGACAUCUCUUAGCGUUUCUGGAAAUGGAAUGGCUGUGGCCAGCUGCUCUUGGGAUCAAAAUGUUCGUAUUUGGGUGUAAAUCGUCAGCGUUUCUAUUAUACACGAGCAUACCCAGUACGAAUAAAAUGAUAGUUAAAAUUAUAUUCUCCACUAAAGUUCUAUUCGAAUAAUUGACAAAAGAUCUGAUUGAUUAUCCUCAUGUAAUCUUAUAAUGAGGAUAAUCGAGUCAUUUAUCAAGGAGAAAUUUUCCACGUGUGUUAGAGGGAUGAAAACGUCAUUCGCAUAAUAUAAGGAUAUACAUAUUUUCGUUUCUUUUUCUUUAUUGUUAAAAUCUUCCAUUAUAUUAAUGUUACUUAUCGCCUCCUACUACUACUUGAUUCCGUGCGAAUGUCUGAAUAACGAACUAACAACGCAACCAAUGACAACUUAUUAAAAAUUGUUCCUCAUUCAUCGUCCAUCUGUCUGUUUAUAUUUGUAUUAUUUAUAAAUCAAUAGAAAUUAUAGUUAUUAUAAUAACAAUAAUAAUAACACGGAGAAACAAA